AUGGCCUGGCCCAGGAGAGACAGCAGAAGAGACAGAAUAGGCAGCACUUCAACAGGCUAUCAAUCUUUUGCCCUCUUUAUUCGUUUCACAGCAGUGAAAUCCGUGCGCGCGGCUUUUCAGGGGGGAUUGGCGUUUUUUUUCCCCGUCUUUUUUUUUUCUGGAGAUCGCCCUGGACCCUGCAAUUGGGGCUGCAAGCGAGAUCUCCAGCCACACUCAGUCAAGAUUCCACUGGUUAAUGGACUUUCAGAGUUUGCUUUUCCUACAUGUAUCGUUGAGCUAGGUGACUUGUCCAAUUCAUUCACCGCAAGCAGCACCUCGACCACUAUUCCAUCUAUCUGUGCAAUUAGAAAAGGCCAGCUUCUUCAAGGACUGAGCAUGAAGCCGGAUUUCCAUUCUCUCAUCCGUGGCCCUUGGGGCCGUCUUUGGAGACACCAUCUUGGGAGACGCCUGUCCCGGCUCUGGAAACGUCUGCGCUCUCAUCAGCCGUCUUUGGAGACUCUUCCAAUCGAAAUUAUGCUGGAUAUCAUGUGCGAGCUGACAGAUCUGGAUGCCCUCUACAACCUCAUCAGAGCAUCGCCGGUUUCAUCACGCAUUUUUGAUCGCUAUGCCAAUGAAGUAAUAGAGGCUGUACUUCCAAUGUGCCCUCUCAAAAUAGAAAUCCAGCACUUGGUCCGGGCCGUGAUACUGACCCGUUCUUCUGCUCUGCCUUUCGAUAAUCUGCGUGAUUUCAAGACGCUGUUCGAGCAACAGGAUCCGUGGAUGAGUGGUGGCUAUCGCUCCCCACCUCUUACACUGCCAUCGGAUAGCUUGAAGGCUGCUGGUCUUGAAUCUUUACGCUCCUGCCUAGCGACAGCGUGUCGAAUCUCUGUCUUGACAUAUACCUGCUUGGAGUUCUAUCUGGAGCGCCUGCGUAACAAGAGUAUAUGUAACCCAUACCACUGCGAUAAUCGGGACUUCAGUCUGGAUGACUUUUUGCAAAACACCACGCAUUCAUGGACUCGUGCUUUUGGAGAGCCAGUCACGGAAAACUAUGGUUGGUCUCCCAGCUGGGUUGAAGAAAUGCGAGUCGCGAGGGCCUUAUGGAAGAUGCAACUGGUUGGAGAAGUACAGCGUUUGGCAAUAAGAGACCCAAAUGGUUUGGGCUGGUCGGCAGAAGAUAUGGCAGAAAUCGCGAAUAUUACACCAGAAGAUUUUGUGACUUCUCCCGACCUUUAUCUUAAUGGCAUGGAACAAGAAGCCAUGACCGUUGGCGGGUAUUUACGCCGGCUCGGUGGUGAAGAUGGUGAAUCCCCGCAGAGAUCACUGGCAGAUUACUAUCGACUCCCCCGCCCCCCAGCUAUUGAGAUCCGGAGUUGGAUAACUGAGAUGCCAAAGCCAAAUAUCAGGAAAACUAAGUUUGCCAAAUAUUACGACCUUGGUAACAGACUUAUCCCUGCCGAUCCUCCCAUCGAAAGCUUGGAGCUGCUCGUCAAGAAACCCUAUCCGCUAUAUUACAUCAUUCAGGGUCUAGUCUGCGGACAAAAACCAAUAGACGCGGAUAAAAAUAGUUUUGGAGUCGUCCGCUAUAUGGAUCUUGCGUUUAGGGACGCAUAUUCACCCUUACCUGAAGUCCCGUUCGACACUUUCGGUUUGCUUGGUAUUGCGUUAUGGGACAAUGCGAGAUUAAGGAAGAUGUGCCUUGUGGAGAAUGCUUACUACUCUCGGGUUACGACGAAGUGCUACUUUGUGUGA